AGCUUAGUGCUCAAAAUGAUUAGGAAGUAUGUGUUUAUCUUACGUUGGAAAAUGACUGAAAUGGAAGUGGAUCUAGAUAUGGACGAUAAUGAUGAGAAACCUUAUGUUCGUACGCUCGAAGAUGUUCAAAGUAUUAUUAAGCACGCCAAGUUGGAUGCCAAGAAUCUCACACAAGUUACGCAAGCUCUGUACUACCCUUCCGCCGAAAUGGACAACGAUAACUUAAAACUCCUUGAAUUAGACACACAUAUGCAUCAGCAAAUACGUCUCGGUCAGACCUUGUACUUUAAAGGAGGUCAAAAUGAAAAAGUUGUACUCUGCACUGAAGAAAAAACAUAUGACGUGAAAGGUGCUGAAAUUUCUAAUAGUUUGCUGCUUGUACCGGAUUUAAAAUUCGCUGCGGCCACCAGCACUUCACCGCUAAAAAGCCCACGAACUGGUACUUCCUCCCUCGAAACUAGUUUAAAUGAUGAUGAAGAUGAAGUUUCUGUUGAUCGUGUAUUGGAGCAACGCAAGGUAUUAAAAAUUUUCCAUGAGUACUUUGAAUGUCGCGAAAUAAGACCACGGUACCGUAAAAUUUAUGAAUUACUGCAAUUAACUCGAUACUCUGGGCCUGAAAAUGAAGAGUACAUUGAUCGCAAAUUGCUUUUCACCUACAACCAACUGUUAGACACCGUGCAAUGUAGUCGCAAGCAAUUCGAAGAAGGUGUGUUGCAUUUUCGGGCUGUGGAGUACGAAGGCCGAAUGCGUGUACUCGAGUAUGAAUAUGAAAUGCGCAUUUUAAACUGUAUGCUCGGGUUACUGAGAGAAAAUUCUUGGCAUUUAGAUGAAGUAGAAUAUGAAGAAACGAUAGCAGCUAUGGAGGGUAUAUCCCCAGCUGAAAUUGUGAAGGGACUUUUUCACAUUUACACCGAGCCAACUGUCAACAAAAAAGGAAAAUUUACGUACAAAGAGGAUUUAGUAGCACGUAUUAUAGCGCAGAAUAUUUUGCAACCGGAGUUAAAAUUUCGCAAGGACGAAUUCAUGAAUACUUGGCAAGAAGCGAUGCCUGAGGGUAUGAACUGCAAAGAGAAAUACCUGCAUGGGCUGGGAAUUGUAGAUAAGGAGGGUAAUACAACUUGCAUACGUUCGCUUGUUGAAGAACUAUUGCCAUCGAAUAUUCAUGACAGGAUGCGAAUAUUGUUCAAAACUAAAUCACGCUGGACGAAAGAGGAAAUGGAGCCAUAUAUUGAAUGCAAUUCGCUAAUUAUUGCGUAAUAAUAUUAUUCGCCGAGCAUAAAUUUAUGAAUAUUUUUCGUUCUCUGCACUUCUGCGUUAUCCCCAUGCACUUUAAAGCUUUUUUUUUUUUUUGGUAAUAUGUAAGUAUUUUUCAACACACUUCUAUAGAGAAUA